CCGCCCUUUGGCUGCUUUUUUUUGUUUUCUUUUUUCGUUUCUAUCUCACCUCUAACUCCGACGUGGCAUCCUUAUCUUUGGUUCAGCUUGUUCCCCAAAAGAGUAAUUUUCCUUUAGAAUUGGACGGUUUAGAUGUAUGUGGAUGAGGUUGUGUCUCUAGGACCCAUUUAAUGGUCGGUCCGGAUCCUUUCUCGUGGAGAACCUAACGAACUGUAAUGUACACGUAUUGGCGGAAGGAAGGCUCUGAGUCCCACUCUUCUCCUACUGACUGAUCCUAUAACACAGUAUACAGCAUAUAGCAGAGAGAGAGAGAGAGAGAGAGCGACGCGCACUGCGCACACACAAAAAGGAAAAGAAAGCUCUGUGACUGUAGGGUGUACACCGGUUUCACUCACUCACUCUCUCUCUCUCUCUCUCUCUCUCUCUCUCUCAAACGUAUGGAGGACACAGGAAAAACGCAUUCACCACACGAAACGGCAGCCGAGUCGUCGACUUCGUUGGUGAAGAAGGUGCCGGAGGACGACGUUGCGGAGAGUGAGACGGAGAUGGAGGGGAUCGGAGAAGACAUAAUGGCUUGGCUGUCCGACGACACGCUCACUCACGAGGUCAUGAAGCUUCUGGACGUGGAGGACAGUAGCUUCUCGCCGACACCCUGCAAGGUCAGGUUCAUUGACAACCCAUACUCCUCCUCCUUGGUCUUCCAGACCACACCCUCUUCCUACGUAACCAUCAACGGCAACGAGGAGAGCUGCGGCUCCUCCUUCUCCGACUCCGAGUCCUCCGUGAUGGCCAGCGUGGACAUGGGUGGUGGCUUCCGCUUCAGAUCACAUAAUGGGAUGGGAGUCGAGGCAGGAUCAGGCGCGUGGGGAGCAAGAGGAGGCGCGUGUAACGGAUUGGAGGUUGAGGAAGGAUUGGAUGAAGCUUUGGCCAGGUUCCUUGGGGACGACUUUCUUUCUUUCUGAUUCCUUCUGAUUUCUCAAUGAAUCUGAGCUGUUGUUGCUGUGAGGGGCUAGAGAUGAACCACAAUCCGGUAUUUUCUUGCACUUUCAUCAUUUUUUUUUUUUUUUUUUUUGGGGGUUCUAUCUAGGGACACCGAGGGCAUUUUUGAAAAUAUUUAGGGAUAUCUAGCGAAAGCCAGUGAGAAAAAAAAAAAAAAAAAAAAGGAAGGUUCCGAAUAUGGAAGGAGGGACACUACUGUGAAGAAAUGUGAAUAGGAAAAAAAGAAAAUGAUAAUAGACUUAGAUGACCAAUGCAAUAGAGAUUGGAGGGUUGCCAAUGUGUGUUUUUGCCAGUUUUUGGGUGAUCCGUAAAAUUUCAAUGUAGGCUUUAAUAUCAAAAUUAUCAAAAAUGAUUAAUCGUCUCUCACCUUAAUUUUCUAUCAUUAGUAUAAUAUUCUUUUAUAUAUAAUAUAAAUACAUAUAUUGAAUCCUGGUUUGCUUGCUGCCGAAGCAAACACAACCUAGAAUAAUAUAAUAUUAGAAACCCCACGUACAACCAUUUUAAUAAAAUUGUCUGAUCUGACCAAGCUUUUCCUUUUUCUUUUUUUCUUAUUUUGGUUUUUGGGUGAUAUCGUAGACAUGUAUAUUAAGGAUGAAAAAUAACAGCUGCAUCUUUACCUUCUGCCAACUUUGGAUUAUAUAGGUCCAUCACUAAUGAUAUUGCCUUUUUUUUUUUUUUUUUCCCCUUUUUUGGUUUUGCUUUUUUUAAAUAUGGGUUGG